UCUUCUUCAAUCCUUCUCAAAUCGUUUUAGUCGGAAUCACUGAGAAAAUAAGACGAAGGAAUUUGGAUUAAUAUAUAGAUAUGAGAGUCUCAGGUCAAAGGAGGAUCAUAGCACUCUUUCUCUUCACUGUCUCUCUCUACAUUCAUCGCCUUCAGGCUCGGCCCUACGUUCUCGUUCUCUCCAACGACGAUCUCAACGGCGGCGUUGAUGACAACGGCGCACACGAGCCUUCUGAUUUCGAUGAGUUUGGGCAAUCCGAAUCUAAGUCCGACGAGGAACUUGAUCCCGGUUCCUGGCGUCCAAUCUUCGAGCCCAACGAUUCCGCCGUCCACGCCGCGUCGCCGCAGUAUUACUCCGGACUCCACAAGAUUCUCUCGGCGGCGACUGAGGGAAACACUGUGUUGAUGGAGGAGGCGGUUUCAGAGAUAGAUUCGUCUGCUUCCUCCGGAGAUCCGCACGCGCAGUCGCUGAUGGGGUUCGUGUACGGGAUUGGGAUGAUGCGGGAGACGAGCCGAGCCAAAUCGAUUGUACACCAUCAUUUCGCAGCCGAGGGAGGAAAUUUGCAGUCCAAAAUGGCACUUGCUUUUAGAUAUCUUCGACAAAAUAUGCAUGAUAAAGCCGUCCAAUUAUAUGCUGAACUAGCUGAGACAUCAGUAAAUAGCUUUCUGAUCUCAAAGGAUUCUCCAAUGGUUGAGCCAAUUAGAAUCCAUAGUGGAACAGAGGAGAAUAAAGAUGCACUAAGGAAAUCCCGUGGGGAGGAUGAUGAGGAUUUUCAGAUAUUGGUAUACCAGGCACAGAAAGGGAAUCCUGCUGCUAUGUACAACGUGGGACUGUUAUACUACUUUGGUCUCAGAGGAUUAAGGCGUGAUCACGCCAAGGCAUUGUACUGGUUUUCCAAGGCUGUAGACAAAGGAGAGCCAAUGUCAAUGGAGCUUCUGGGAGAGAUAUAUGCUCGAGGAGCUGGUGUUGAGAGAAAUUAUGACAAGGCGUUUGAAUUUCUUACACUUGCAGCAAAUCAAGGUCUAUAUUCAGCAUUUAAUGGCCUUGGUUACUUGUAUGUCAAAGGCUACGGAGUAGACAAGAGAAACUACACUAAGGCGAGAGAAUAUUUUGAGAAGGCCGCUGAUAAUGAAGACCCUAGCGGGCACUAUAACUUAGGAGUGCUGUAUCUUAAAGGUAUUGGAGUCAAGAGGGAUGUCAGGCAAGCAACCCAAUACUUCUUGGUUGCUGCCAAUGCUGGCCAACCAAAGGCUUUUUAUCAACUCGCAAAGAUGUUUCAUUCUGGCGUUGGGCUUACGAAGAACUUGGAAAUGGCGACGUCGUUUUAUAAGCUAGUAGCAGAAAGAGGACCAUGGAGUUCUCUCUCUAGAUGGGCUCUUGAAGCUUACUUGAAAGGUGAUGUGGGGAAGGCUUUUAUAUUGUAUUCGAGAAUGUCGGAGCUUGGUUAUGAAGUAGCACAAAGUAAUGCUGCCUGGAUCCUAGAUAAAUACGGGGAGAGGAGCAUGUGCAUGGCAGUUUCUGGGUUUUGCACAGACAAGGAGAGGCACGAGCGGGCUCAUUCCUUGUGGUGGCAGGCCUCUGAACAGGGAAAUGAACAUGCUGCAUUGCUUAUUGGAGAUGCAUAUUACUACGGUCGGGGUACAGAGAGGGAUUUUGUGCGUGCAGCUGAGGCAUACAUGUAUGCUAAAUCUCAAUCAAAUGCACAAGCCAUGUUCAACCUCGGUUACAUGCAUGAGCAUGGUGAAGGUCUUCCCUUUGACCUCCAUCUUGCUAAACGUUACUACGAUCAGGCCCUCCAGAGCGAUGUUGCCGCCAAAUUGCCUGUCACGCUUGCUCUUGCGAGUUUAUGGGUUCGCAAAAACUAUGCUGAUACCGUUAUGGUACGAGUACUGGAUUCCUUGCCAGAAGUGUAUCCAAAGGUGGAGGAAUGGGUAGAGAAUGUGGUGUUGGAAGAAGGCAAUGCAACCAUACUAACUCUCUUCCUCUGUCUUGUCACCGUUUUAUAUCUCCGGGGGAGACAACGUAGACAGGUGGUUUUGGAUCCCGUCGGUGCUGACGUGGCACAGCCCCUCGCCGGACCAGUAGCCUUUCCCUAGUGAUCGGAAAAUAAGAUAAACCAAGCACCAACUAUACCGGUUACUACUCUGUACAGUUCUAGCUUAAUUACGUACUCACGUCUCACCAUAGUUUUAAGGGAGACGAGAAACUUUCUACUUUUACUCCCUUUUUCCUCUAGUGUAAAGCAUAGUUUUGUUAUAUUAGGACUGAUUUUGUAGGUUUUAUUAGGACUGAUUUUGUAGGUUUCUCUGUAACGCGUUUCGAUAUUUUAUCUACCCUACCCGUAUGAAAUUUUGAGAAUACAGUAAUUGUUACA